UGUAUCUGAGCACCAGCAGAGAUUCGUAUGUGGCUUUUGUAAUAACAAAUAGUUGCUGUUGAGCGUUCGAGCGCUGUGGACGCGUUGUUGUCAUCGGUUACGCUGCGGAAAAAGCUUUUGCUGCUCGCCAAGUUUAAGUCUAGUUUUAGUGCGCAGCUCUCGACCGGCAACAUGUUGAAUCUGUGCUAAUUGGCAGCCAGCCAGAGGUACAGACCGAGGUAGAGGCAAGCUAACAGGAAGAGCAGAAAGAAAAAGCAAGAUCAAUAUGUUCACUCAGACCGAAACCUAUGACAAAUGUAGUGCAGUAGCCAGCGCUCAAUUAAAUGUAAAUGAAAGUAACAACGCAGACCUUCAAGACAACAGCAACAGCAACAGCUCAUUACUGCACUCAAUCGAUGAGCAUUACGUUUGUGACAUAGCCAUGAUGAGCAUUGCCGAGGAAGUUGGCCAGAUGACGGCCCAAGCUCUGCUGUCAAGCACAGAUCAGCCGCUCGUGAGCACAAUCAGCAAUGGCAACGAGCUGGAAAUUGAUCGCCGGGAGGAGGAGCAGGCGAUAAGCCAGCUGGUGCGCUCGUCCAGCGGCGGCGCGCUAAUGGAACCGGGCAGCCACAACAGCGGCAGCAUGCGUGUUGUCCUGGGGAUACUGGUGCGUCUAGUGCUGCCUCUGGCGAAUGGUGUCGCCCGCGGCAUCAAGGGCAUUCGGGAUGUACGCGUGCUACGGGUGCUGCAGAAUCUGGCCUCCAGUCGCCAGGCGCUGACCAAUCUGGUGGCCUUCGCCGCGAACACCAUAUCGCUGAAUUUAUCCUCCGUUCAGGCUUUUUAUAUCAAAUGCUUAUCGCUCUAUCCACAAUCUCUUCCAUUGACAGUUUCCAAUCGUCUGGGGCCUUUGCUCAAUUUGCUCAAGUUGCGCAAGUCCCAAGAUGGCUUGGAAAGUCUGCCCGAUACGUUGAGCACACGUACACCGACCACGCCCAUAACGCCCACAACGUCCACACCGCCGACAACGCCCACAACGCCCAGCACACCGUUGCAGGGACCGCCAACUUACAGUCUUCAGAGCUCAAGCGCCAGCUGUUGCACCCUUAAUAUACUUGCCGCACCGCCGGCAGGCACACCCAUACGCGCGGACAUUGUGCUUGUGCAUGGUCUGCACGGUUCGUUGAUAAACACAUGGCGACAGGGCCUUUGGCAAAACGAGCGCCAUCCGGUGGAGUUCGACCGACCGCCCCGGCCACCUGUGCGUCCACCCAAGCGUCCACGCCAUUCACGCAGCGCCGGCAUACAUCCUGCGCCGCGAGAGAAACGCGCCAAGUUUGCCUCCUGCAAUCGUCUCCUGGACACAGAUGCAACGUUUGAUGACGCUGCCUGGCAGCGGGCAACGCUGCAACAGACAACUGAGCCACAGGCGUUCAGUGCUUCCGACAAUGAUGACGAUGCCGAAGAUUACGCGUAUGUUUGUGGCGAGCCAGAGGAUAUACAAAUCUGUGAGGGCAUCGAGUACAGCUUCCCAACAUUCCGUCUGCGCAUGCACGACAACAGCCAUCUGCUGCAGGUCGAGCUGGAGUCCAUGCUGCAGGCCGAAGGCAAUAAGAGUCCCAACAUGGGCAGCGCAACACAGGCCUCCGCGCCGCGCAAGACGGCCAGCAAAAGCAAAAAGAAACCUUCUGCCAAUGAUCCGAACUACUCCAACUGCUGGCCCGGCGACUGGCUGCCGCUGGAUUGCCCGGGUGUAAGAGUCAUAGCUGUCAACUAUACAACUGACCAGUAUCUGUGGCGUCCGCUUUGGAAGACCAAGGAGCCACGCUCCAGCCUCAUUCAGCGCUCGCGCGAAAUGGCCGAGCUGCUUAUGCAGCAUCGCGUUGGCCACGGUCAUCCCAUCAUUUACGUAGGCCACUCCAAGGGCGGCCUCUUCAUCAAGCAGCUAAUUGUGGAUGCCUGGGAGAGCGGGCGUCCAGCUAUGCGACCACUCUGGCGAUCCGCACGCGGCUGUUUCUUCUACUCGGUGCCGCAUCGCGGCUCCCAUUUGGCCUCCAUUAAGGCGCCGCUGCUGACGCGCUCUGUGGAGCUGCUGGAGAUAGAAAAGAAUAACAAAUAUCUGCUGGAUCUGCAUCGGCGGUUUGCGGGUCUCUAUCACUUGGGUCAUCUGAAGAUCGAGGUAUUCAGUUUUGUGGAGACAGCUCUGACGCUCAUGUCGGUGCUGUAUUUACGCAUUGUGGGCGUAGAUUCAGCCGAUCCGGGUUUUGGUGAAGUGUGCGGCAUUCGGCUGGAUCAUCGCGAGAUCUGCAAGCCGCGCAGCCGGGAAUGCAUUCUGUACAAGGAACUUGUGAAAAUGAUAAGAAAGGUGUGCUGAGCGCCCUUCAAUUAGUCUAGAAUAUCUAGAGGACCUCAAUGAAUUGGAAUCGAUAUGUGAAUAGGCUUACAGCUAAAAGUUGACCGAUAUUUAUGCGUACCUAAAAUAUAUAAGGAGCGCCGUUUUUCAUAUUAUGGUGCAUAGCA